CAUGGAGCGGCGGGUGGCGCGGGAGUUCAGGCACAAGGUUAAUCUUCUGAUUGACAAUGAAGCCGAGAAGGAUUACCUUUAUGAUGUGCUGCGAAUGUACCACCAAUCUAUGAAUCUGCCGGUGCUUGUGGGGGACCUGAAGCUGGUGAUUAAUGAACCAAGCAGGUUGCCUCUGUUCGACGCUAUCCGCCCGCUCAUCCCGCUGAAACACCAGCUGGAGUACGAUCAGCUUACACCCAAAAGAUCACGAAAGCUGAAAGAGGUAAGAUUGGAUCGGUUGCACCCUGAAGGACUUGGAAUAAGUGUGAGAGGUGGUGUGGAAUUUAGCUGUGGCCUUUUUAUCUCCCAAUUAAUUAAAGGAGGACAAGCUGACAAUGUUGGUCUUCAGGUUGGAGAUGAAAUAGUUCGUAUAAAUGGAUAUUCCAUCUCUUCCUGCACACAUGAGGAAGUGAUAAAUCUCAUUCGCACAAAGAAAAUAGUGUCCAUAAAAGUAAGACAUAUUGGCAUGAUACCUGUCAAAAGUUCAGCAGAUGAACCCCUUAAAUGGCAAUAUGUGGACCAGUUCGUGUCAGACUCUGGGGAGGGAAAAGGCAGUGUUGCUGGUCUUGCUUCAUCUGGAGGGAGAAACAGUAAAGAGAAGAAAGUCUUUAUUAGCUUGAUUGGUACAAAAGGCAUGGGAUGCAGUAUUUCCAGUGGUCCAACACAAAAACCAGGCAUUUUUAUCAGCAAUGUUAAGCCAGGUUCUCUUUCAGCAGAGGUGGGCUUAGAGGUUGGUGAUCAAAUUGUAGAGGUAAACGGAGUGGAUUUUUCUAAUGUGGAUCAUAAAGAGGCUGUCAGAGUGCUAAAAAGCAGUCAUACCUUGACCAUCUCUGUUGUGGCUGGGGCC